AUGGCUCUAUCUAACGGAUCUGGAAGAGCGUCAGGUCCACAUGAUCUCCGGCUGGUGCUGCUGGGUCAGCCUGGAUCAGGGAAAACAACAACAGCGAACGCCAUUCUGGGCAGACACGCUUUUGAAGAGCAGGAGACCACUAGAGGCUCUGUGCAGACGUCAGACGUCGGAGAGAGGAGAGUCUCUUUGAUUGACACCCCGGGGUGUCUGAUGGUUUCCUCUUCAAGCGAUGACCGACCAAGUGGAAAUGAACUGGAGAGGUGUCUGAGCAUGGCUGCUCCAGGACCUCACGCCUUCCUGCUGGUGGUCCCUCUCGGGAAGCCUCUCUCAGAGGGGGACGUGAGAGCUGUGGAGUGGAUCAAACAGAGGCUGGGCGAGGAGGCUCUACGGACGACUGUCGUUUUGUUUACUGGGAGAGAGAAGGUCACGAGACGAGAGUGGGACCACUUCCUGUCACAGCAGGAAGUGCAGGGCCUGAUCAGAAGCUGUGGGGGAGGCUACCACACUGUGAACAGCAAGGCAGAGAUGGAGCCGUGUCAUCUGAUGAAGCUGCUGGAGAAGAUGGACGCUGUGGUGGAGAGGAGUGGAGGGGAACUCUACGCUACUGACAAGUUCCUGGAGGCUCGGAGGAAGGUGAAAGUGGAAGAGGAGGAAACAGAUGGAUAG